GCAGGGCUCCGCAGUGAGGCCUCAACUGUGCUGGCGGACGAACGUGGCGGAGUUACGGACGAAGACAAGAUGAGUUCAGUGCAAGAGGAGAAGCCCCCAGAGCCAGCGAAGGCGGUCCGUGAGCUUCGCAACGCGGAGCUAGUGUCGCGGCUGCUCGCUGCUACGCCGCCAUACUUGUACAGCUCAUUUCCACUGCAGCCACAUGCUUUCUUCUUCAGCGAGAUGCUGCGGUCGUUCGUAACACGGCACCCAAGGCCUAACCACUAUCACAGGAGAUUUAAAAGGCGAUCGCACAAAUAUUUCGCUGAAAAUGACGAGUGGCGGCGAGACUGGCCAAAACAGGAUGAAGAAAAAAAGGAGCCAGAAACUCGGCCCGAAGUUCCUUUAGAGUUAACUGUGGAGAAACAUUCUCGCGUGCCUUCGCCGAGGAGGUUAUCGCCGAAGAUUGAACAGAAACCAAGCAGCCCGCCUCCUGGCCGACAGUCAUCUUUCGUCGAUGUAGGCACAGAAGAACUCCCCAAACCCUCACCCUGCGUCGGCAGAGCUGACGCCGUACCUUCAAACCUCAUCCUACCCCCGCCUCCACCGAUGUGGUACCCACCUAUCUACAACCCCCAAUUUGGUGUAGACCCUUUAAACUUUUUCAUAGACUUACGUGUCUCUGGACAUAUAUAUGAUAGAAAACGGGCCUUGGCCGAAGGCUUAGACAACAUUAACCAAGAACGUCCAGAAGAUUCCGGCUUGGACAAACGAUUAAGCAGGGAUUUUGGGAUGAAACCACGCCACGUUUCUGCGUUCUCCGUCCCAGUUAGACCAGGGAACAUCGCUCCUGAAGUACCAACUAAAUACUUUGACCAGAACGGCACUAACAAACAGGGUAAAAUCAACGGGACGUCGUAUAUAAUGAAGAAUUUGAAAAACGUUUAUGAAAAUUUAAAAAGCUCUCAAGAUGUAAAAGACGUUUCCAAGGUAGAUAAGGAUGAAGAUACCAAAGCUGAGUCCUCAGAAAUUGAUGACGAUAUAAUAGAUUAGUCGUAUUAACUGAUAGGUAUAAAAUUAAGUUUAAUUUAAAGUGACGAUGGAUGAAUGAAUCAAUAUUAAAAAGAGAGUAGUGAAAUAUGCGAAGUCUGGCAUUGAGAAGGUAACUAAUAAAUGUGAUUAGUAAAAAACAUUGUAGAAAAUAUUAUCAAAAUUGUAUUAUAUGUAACUGUGUGUCUGUAUAAGCACGGGUCGGAGCCUAUAGCUCGAUGUACUUACCUACCUAAAAAUACUAAAUACCAAUGUACUGUCACGUCUGAAAAUAUCGAUACGAAAGAAGUGACAAAAAUAUGUAUACACGACUUUAUUGCCCAUAUAUUAAGGUAGUGUAUACAUAUUUUUGGCACAUUUUUCGUAUCGAUAUUUUCAGAUGUGACUGUACCUAUUAUAGUUAAGGGGGUCCCUAACGGCAAUGACCUUCGAUCUGAAUCCCUUAGUUUUCUAAUGUUUUUUGUAGCUGUCCUCGGGAUAUUUGGCAUAAAAGUUGAACAAAUUUAUGCCAGAAAACUGGUUUAAUGGCCAUAACUUUUGUGUUAAUUAGUUUAAAAUAAAAUUAAAAUCUUUGACCAGUUUUUAGAGACGUCAAAGACGAACCCAAAUGUGUAGACUUCAUACAUGUAAAAUCCUUCGCAGCAAUCUAGUAACGAAAAAAGUGUAUUUAAAAAAAAUGUUUUAAAAAAUAUAUAAAAACCGGCCAAGAGCAUGUCGGGCCACGCUCAGUGUAGGGUUCCGUAGUUACUCUUCCGUCACAAUAAGCUAAACUGGAGCUUAAAGUAUAGUAAAUUGUUAACCAAGGGAUGAAACGGUACCUUUCACCCGAGUUAAACAAAUAGGCAAAUUUGCAUACGAUGAUUAGUACCUAAUUAAAGUAAGUCUUUUUACUAUGAAGGGAAAACUUUUUGCGAUAACUCAAAAACAGCUAAACUGAUCAUGUCCGCUAUAGUUUUCAUUUAAUGUCUUUCUUAAGCUCUACUUUCACGAUUUUUUUCAUAUUUUUUGGACCUAUGGUUCAAAAGUUAGAGGGGGGGGACACACUUUUUUUUUUCGGAGCGAUUAUCCCCGAAUAUAUUCACUUUAUCAAAAAAUGUUUCUUGAACACCCCUAUUAGUUUUGAAAGACCUUUCCAACGAUACCCCACACUCUAGGGUUGAAGCGAAAAAAAAAUUACACCCCUACUUUACGUGUAGGGGAGGUACCCUAAAAAAAUUAAAUUUUUAGUGUUUAUUGUACGACUUUGUCGGCUUUAUUGAUUUAUAUAUCCAUACAAAAUUUCAGCUUUCUAGCACUA